GAUAAGCGCCAUUUAUUUCUUUCUUUCUUUUUUCUUUUACAAAAUCCAGGAACUUCAAAAAAUAUUACAUCUUCACAAUAAUAAUACUAUUCCCCAAUGCUUCAUAUUUCUCAACAGCAUCAGCAAAAGUUCAACAAGCAUAUAAUGGCAGCUACAAAAGAUCAAGAGCGAAGUCGUCAAUUUGCUCCGAUCAACAAUAGCAGUAAUAAGCAGCUACUACGAAAAUCAAAAUCAUUCACUACAUCCAAUGACAGUAAAAAAACCAUUGAUAUGUCUUUAAAAAGACGAUCAACGGGUUGCAUACAAAGAGCAAAUUCAUUUUACAACAGUAGUAAUACCAGUCAUACUACAAACAAGGAAAUCUGGCGUCCUCCUGGAUUCUAUGAGAUACCUAAUUUAUUUGGGAAAGACUGUUUUUUGAAACAAGAUCCCUAUGACGAUAAAAAUAAUGCAUUCAACUUGAGAUCCUAUCCGCCCCCACCAUCAACCAAUUCCUUUUCAUACGAGAAAAAACAACGUUGGUACAAUGUGGGAUCAUCGGCAGAAAUACCUCAGCUGCCUCCUUUAAUUCGUAAAUCUGAAAAUGAAUUUGAAAGAAGGAUUCGUAAAGUGCUAUCCUCCUGCCAGCUACAACAAAAUACUAUUGCAACAACAACGUCAAGAAAGCAGUCUGCUGUGACGAUAUCGACAUUAGAUCCAAGGAAUAAAUACACUCAGUUUAAAGAAAUAGGCACAGGAGUCAAUGGUUCAGUUGUCCGUGCUGUUCACAAGUACAAAAACAAUCUCCAUUUGGCUAUCAAGCGUUGUCGAUUGGAUCCUGACCGUGAGUACAAGGCUGCCAUUAUUCGUGAAUUGCGCAUUAUGGCCACAGGUCAUCCAAAUUUGAUCCGAUUACGUGAAGUAACUAUUUGGAGAGACGAUAUUUGGAUGGCAAUGGAUUUGAUGCGCUGCUCUGUAUUUGCUAUACUUUGUCAACGUGGUAUCCCUGAAGAGCAUACUAUCUACAUUGCAUGUGAAACAUUGAAGGCGUUGCAUUACCUGCAUUCAAAGGGCUUUAUCCAUCGCGACAUUAAAUGCGAAAAUUUGUUGUUGGGCUGGCAUGGAGAAAUCAAAUUAGCUGACUUUGGGUUAGCGACUCGUGCUACAAAACGUAAUUGUGACCGUCUGGGCACAAGUAAAUGGAUGGCACCCGAAGUGAUUCGGGAACAGGCGUAUAGUGAAAAAAUUGACAUGUGGUCGCUUGGUAUUACAAUCAUAGAAAUGAUGGAUCGUGUUCCGCCACACUAUCUCAUUAAAGAUGAGAUGGAGCUAUUUUCCGUCAUUUUGUCAGAACCCAGUCCUACUUUCACUUACAGCUAUCCAUCCAUGUAUAUGCGUGGUUUAGUUGCAUGGUUAUUAGAUGAAACACCAAGUACAAGACCUACACCCAAAGAAGUUGUACUGGAAAUUGAUGCUCAUGUACAAAGCAACCUACUGAAAUGUUCAACGCCCAUGGAAUUUGUACGUUUCGUCAACCAUGUCUUACCAUAAAGAGUCAUUGAUACUAUACCACCCAGCAACCCGACUUAUUUAUGUUAUGCCCAUCUUCUAUUUUAUUUAUGCCCACAUGCUUAUAACAAAAGCAUCUCAAACAACCUCCCCCUUUUUUCUCCUACAUAUUCCUAAAAAUCGACAUAUUCAUAACUUUUUACGUUCCAAAAUGUCAACAACAACAACAACAACAGCAACAACAGCAUCAACAACAACAGCAAUAAGAAAUAUGUGAUCAAAGCGGAUCGGGAAGUAAUCGAUCUAUACAUACCACUCAAUUACACGCACCCACACACUUAAGUGAUUUUUUUUUAGAAGAAAAAAUUGUCAUACUGAAUAUGCCCCCCAAUCUACAUACUGAAAAUUCCAAACCAUAAUGAACAAAA